UAUUUGAACAGCCACAGUCAGUGCGCGACACCGAGCCUGCCGGGCGACAGCCGCGUCUCUUUUUAGCGAAUGUGGAAACACAAACAUCCAAACGAUUAACUGACGUACACCCUAACGGGAACCGACGUGUAGUGGAUUAUUUUUAACUGUUUAUUUCGGCUACAAACGGAUAUUUCUCCUGAGGCAACAGCGGUGGCAGUGCAGGCGGGACUCUGCCUCGUCCAUUCCUCCUUCCUCCUGCGGUCGCUUUGAGAGUUUGCUUCUCCAACAGCGUGUUGCUUCUCUCCGGUUUCACCUCGGAGAGCUGGCGGGGUACUCUUAUGUCCAGGGAGUGGUCUUUCUCACACGGUCCUGGAAUGUGCUUUUAAGAGGGAGAGCGAGUCAACUCGGCUCACCCCGUUUUUUUCCCUUUUUUAUCCCCUCUCUACGGACGUCUCCUUCCAGGCAUUGGAAGCUGGAUCUGCUUUUGUUACAUUCCUGGAUUACAGCUAUUGUUUUUUUACCUCUUGCUUGAUCUACUUUCUUGGUGCCUGGAUAAAUGCCGGAAUUAGUACUAGUGUGAGGUGUUCAAACAUCAUCUCUUUCCUCCAUUGGGAAGGUCGGAUGAUAGAAUACCUAACGCUGGCCUUGGGUGACCUGUUGGAGCAGAGUUUCGCUUGCACUGGUUUCUGAAUGAAGGUUUAAGAAACGUUUGAGGAGGAGCCUUUUCUAAUGGGCUUUCUUGUUUUCUUUUUAUGAAAAGACCAUGAUGAAGCAUCGAUCUGAUCCCCAUGUCGGCCACUGUUAGGCUGCAGCCUGUGUACUCAUGGAAGGGGGUGCUCAAGCUCUUUUCUUGCAUAGCAGCCCAUACUUCCAGUAAACCUAAAGAGGUCCUCACAUUUCAAGGAAAAAAGAGAGACGUACUUAGGAAUCAUAUGGACGAAGAAAUGAGUCGCCAGACUGCCACAGCGCUGCCCACAGGAACCUCAAAAUGUCCCCCCUCUCAGCGCGUCCCUACCUUGUCGGGCACCACGGCAUCCAACAGUGACCUCGCCAGCCUGUUCGAGUGCCCUGUUUGUUUCGACUAUGUGCUGCCCCCCAUCCUGCAGUGCCAGAGCGGCCACUUGGUAUGUAGCAACUGCCGGCCCAAGCUCACCUGCUGCCCCACCUGCAGAGGCCCGCUCGGGUCGAUCCGCAAUUUGGCCAUGGAAAAAGUGGCCAACUCCGUGCUGUUUCCGUGCAAGUAUGCCUCGUCGGGCUGCGAAGUCACCCUGCCCCACACAGACAAGGCCGAGCACGAGGAGCUUUGCGAAUUCAGGCCGUAUUCUUGCCCCUGUCCUGGCGCUUCGUGCAAGUGGCAGGGUUCGCUUGACGCUGUCAUGCCCCACUUGCUGCACCAGCACAAGUCUAUAACCACGCUACAGGGUGAGGAUAUUGUCUUUCUGGCCACAGAUAUCAACCUGCCUGGGGCAGUGGACUGGGUCAUGAUGCAGUCGUGCUUCGGCUUCCACUUCAUGCUCGUGCUGGAGAAGCAGGAGAAAUACGACGGCCACCAGCAGUUCUUUGCCAUCGUGCAGCUGAUCGGCACAAGGAAACAGGCGGAAAACUUUGCCUACCGGCUGGAGCUUAACGGCCACCGGCGGCGGCUAACUUGGGAGGCCACGCCACGUUCCAUCCACGAGGGUAUCGCCACCGCCAUCAUGAACAGUGACUGCCUGGUUUUUGACACCUCCAUCGCUCAGCUGUUUGCAGAAAACGGCAACCUGGGCAUUAACGUCACCAUAUCCAUGUGCUGAGGACUAAUAGCUGUGCAUACUUGAAUGCAUUACACACACAGUCAUACGUACAAAUACAAACGACAUUUCAAAACACUGCAGGAUACCUUGAGUUGUGCUUGGGGGGAGUAGCUAACCUAGGGAACAUUUUUGCCGUUGUAUGUUCAAAGUAAUCAUCAGAUAAACUCGUCGGUUGGAGCUUCGCACGUCCAACCAGAAUUUACUCCUAGGUUCUCAAUUUUAUGCUACAAUAUUCUAUAAGUUAAAUAAUUAAUGUAUUCUACAUUUUUGAGAGCAUCUUUCAUUGCCCUUGAAGGUAUAGGAAAGCCACGUUUGUUGAAUGGACAUUUGCAAAUGUGGCAUUUGAGGCAGGGGUUGGGGAAACUGCACGCCAAGCUGGACGACGAUUGGGGAUAUUGAUCAAUUUUGGGGUGGGUUUGCUCAAAAGGGGCAGCCCUGUGAGCACCUUUUUGUUUCCGUUUUGUUUGUUUCCCCAAGACAUUUUGCAUUUCAGUUCAGAUAAAACACUAACUUUUAUGUUCAAAUAUUAGGUUUUGUUUUACUCUUGUCUUUUUUUAACUGCAAAUUUUCCCUCGAGUAUGAAAUGGAAAGGUUUUGGUAAUUGGUGCAUGACCACUGGAUAAGUUAAAAUAAGUCCAGAUUUCAUUUUAGAAGUCUUGUUUGUUUCUGCCUGUCACUGCAGUAUUUCUUCUGUUUGUUUUGAAGGGAUGGUUUUGCUGAGAACUUGGCGCGUGCACAUCGAGCCAGAUUACAAAAUCGAUUUGUGCUGUAUUUCCGUAUUUGUAAAACCAUUAAAAAUACUUUUUUCUCAUGACAUGGAAUCCCUCCAUUACAAACAAUGAAAUAAACACUGCAUUGAGUAUCGGGCUAGGAGCAAGGGCAAAUAUAACAGUUAUGAAAUUGUCAUAAUUAUCAUUUUGUAAUGAAAUAAGAAAAUGGAAUGAAAAAGGCUGUUGUAACCUUGUGGCUAAUCUUCAGUGUUUGUAGAUAGUGUUGUUCUUCAGAAGACCUCAGUGUCUUUUUCUCUUUUUGUAAGUCAAUAUUUUUGUUGUUGUUGUUCUUUGUCUGUCUCUAUUUCUGUUUUUUUUAUUUGCAAGAAUAGGGUGAAGCAAAGCCAAACAUCUCUGUGGAUACAUUGUACUGUUGCUAGUCCUGAUCUCUAAUUUUAUUAUGUUUAUUGUUUGUUUUGUUCUAUUUUGCCAGUAAAUAAAUCUAUCUUUUUCAUA